AUGCCGCAGAAGAAGGAGCGACCGGAGGACUGUAUGUUGACGACCAGGGCCGUUACUGACGGGAACCUAGCUGCUGGAAUCGUUGGAAUUGACGACAUAGUGGACAGUAAAGACAAUGAUGUCAACUACAAGCUGACAAGAAAUAUUCUUCACGAGGAUUCACUCAACAAUUGUUGCUUUUGCUGUUGUGUUGGGAUUGGAACAGGUGGACCCACCAUUUUUUUCAGGUUGAGCAGGCUGAGAACUAUGCCUCUGUUACCAAUUUACGACACAAUCUUCCUGAAGCAGAAAGAAGUGAUACAGUUCAAGAUGAUCAUCAUGGAGCGCCACUGGGUUUUGUUAUUCGUGCAUGGACUCGAGAAUAGAGGAGUUUCCUGCAUCGUUCCACUGGACAGAAAGAAGAAUACAAACACUCAGGCCCACCAGUGUUGCUUCCGCCAU